AAGCCGGAGAAGAUUAAAAAAACGCAAAGCCAAGAAGAAGAAAAAGAAGAUAUUGGGGUUUUAUAACUUCCAAAGGCUCCCUCUUCCCUUAUCUCACAGAGACUUAUCACUCUCUCUCUCUCCAACACUGAAUUAUUAUUGACUCUCUCUGUCUCUAGAACGAUGCCACUUCACGACGAGCAUAAACCAUUACUAGCCAACCGGACAUUCGAUUCCGACGAGGAAGUGGCAGAUUUCGACUCCACCGAGAAAGUCCACAUCGUCGGAGUGGACGACGCCGACUCCGAAGACUGGACCAAAACGCCGCCGUUUUCAUGGAAGAAGCUCUGGCUCUUCACUGGCCCUGGUUUCCUCAUGAGCAUCGCUUUCCUCGAUCCGGGCAACCUCGAGGGCGAUCUUCAAGCCGGCGCCAUCGCCGGCUACUCUCUUCUCUGGCUACUUUUCUGGGCUACCGCCAUGGGUCUCCUCAUCCAACUCCUCUCGGCUCGGCUCGGCGUCGCCACUGGACGCCACUUGGCCGAGCUCUGCCGCGACGAGUACCCCAAAUGGGCUCGGCUGUUGCUGUGGGUCAUGGCGGAGCUUGCCCUGAUUGGGUCCGAUAUUCAGGAAGUCAUUGGAAGUGCGAUUGCUAUCAAGAUUCUCAGCAAUGGAGCUGUGCCUCUUUGGGGUGGUGUUGUUAUAACUGCUUGUGAUUGCUUUGUCUUUCUAUUUCUUGAGAACUUUGGUGUAAGGAAACUAGAAGCAGUUUUUGCUGUUCUUAUUGCAACGAUGGCGAUGUCAUUUGCUUGGAUGUUUGUAGACACAAAGCCGAAUGGGGUAGAACUUCUUCUUGGUAUUUUAAUUCCAAAACUUGGCUCAAAAACAAUACAGCAGGCUGUGGGUGUUGUGGGUUGUAUUAUUAUGCCUCACAAUGUGUUCUUGCACUCUGCCCUUGUACAAUCAAGAGAGAUUGAUCGCCGCAAGAUUGGCCGUGUUCAAGAAGCCUUCAACUACUACUCCAUAGAGUCCACCGUUGCCCUUGCAAUCUCCUUUGUAAUCAAUCUAUUUGUUACGACUGUGUUUGCAGCGGCGUUUUAUGGUACUGAUAUCGCCAGUAGCAUUGGCCUUGCAAAUGCAGGGCAGUAUCUUGAAGAGAAAUAUGGGGGAGGGUUGUUGCCAAUUCUAUAUAUCUGGGCUAUUGGAUUAUUAGCUGCUGGGCAAAGUAGCACCCUUACUGGCACUUAUGCGGGGCAGUUUAUUAUGGGAGGUUUUCUGAACUUGCGGCUGAAGAAAUGGGUCAGGGCAUUGAUAACUAGAAGCUUUGCUAUUGUCCCAACUAUGAUAGUUGCUCUUGCUUUUGAGAGCUCUGACGACUCAUUAGAUGUUCUGAACGAAUGGCUUAAUGUGCUUCAGUCAGUUCAGAUCCCUUUUGCGCUCAUUCCCCUUCUCUGUUUGGUGUCCAAUGAGGAGAUCAUGGGUGUUUUUAAAAUUGGCACUGUCCUCAAGAUGGUUUCAUGGCUUGUCGCUGCCUUGCUGAUGCUGAUCAAUGGGUAUCUUUUGCUGGAAUUUUUCUCUUCUGAAGUAAACGGAUGGUUGUUUGUCUCUUUGGUAUCCGUGUUUACAGCUGCGUAUGUUGCAUUUAUCAUCUACCUUAUAUCACGCGGCAUUACCUUCUCCAAUUGCCUUGGUUUCUUACAUCCUAAGGGGUCCACAAACUCAGGGAAUUGACCAAUCGUUUCCAACACCAGUGACAAAUGUAAAUUAUAGAACCAUGCUGUAUAACCAGCUGUGGGCCGCUGAACCUCUUUUGCAUGGCUAAUGAUUGGUUCGGGACAAAGCACAUUCUUCUGGCAUUUAUGCAUAUCUUUAGGGAUUAAAUGUAUGUAAAAGUCUGAAGCAUUGGCUUACUUUUUUUAUCAUGAUCAUUACCUUGUUUUUUACAUGAAGGAUGUGAGAAAAGGCUGCUGAGCAAGGCUGCUAUGUGAACAUUCUUAACUUUCCCUGCGAAGGAUAGAACCAGUUUUUCAUAUGUAUUUGUCAUAAAUUUCAGAAAAAUUUGUACCUGUAGCUGUAGUACCACGUACUUGCUUUAAACAAGAUUUAGUGAAGUGAGUUAUUCAUGCCAUUGGCUUCUUCACCUUCUGGUUUUAGUGAAAUAUUUUCUAUUUAUC